AUGUCAAGCAUUGCGCACACCGCCCUGUCCUAUGCACUAAACCACCACAACAACUAUCACAACAACUACCACGACCCUACUUCCUUAGCACUUCCUCAGAACAGCCAGCACUGCCUCUAUUCACUAAAUAUCACGUGCACGAACCGGUCCAGGGAACCCCUACGGCGUGAGGUGGUUAAGUUCGCCAGAUUUCCAUCCGUGACGAUGUGGCUGGCCGCUAAGUUCCCAGCAGCCUGGGUCAAGACUUUUGGGCGAGAAUUCCUACCCAGUCCGACCCUUCUCCACACUACUUCUUUUUGGCCAGGCGCGGCUUCAAACGACUGGCAUGAGAGCUAUGGGAUUUGCGUCAUUGUGGGGGUUCAAAAAAAGGGGGUACUUCGUGCGAACUCGUUCGUACGGCUGCAAUUCCCAGAUAUCUGGUUCGACUCUUUCCAUCGGCCUGUCCAGAUCAAGCAAGCCAACAUAUUCCACAGCCAACGCUCAUCUUACUACAAUGUACGAAUAAACUGGCUCAUCCUAGACAAACAAGCCUGGGGUCCUUUGCUAGUCCCGAGUCAGAUGAUCACCUUUCCAUGCUGGGCCGUGCAGGUUGUCUAG